ACAAUGGGUGAAUGCAAAGUAAGAUAACCUCCUGGCCAAAGGGUUCGUUCAGCCGAGCACGUCCCCGUUCGCGGCGCCGAUCCUGUUCACUCCGAAAAAAAGAUAGCGGAAUUCGCAUGUGCAUUGACUACCGUGCGCUAAAUCGGGUUACCAUCAAGCCACGAUAUCCAAUUCCCCGCGCUGACGAGCUGAUCGACCAACUUCGCGGAGCUCGCUAUGUCUCCAAGAUCGAUCUUCAUGUCAGUUACCACCACAUUCGCGCCUUUGCUGACGAAUGCCACAAAACUGUGUUUCCUACUCGCUACGGGUCUUACGAAUACAUAGUCAUGCCAUUCGGAUUAACGAAUGCCCCCCUAUGCACAGGGUAUUCCACGAUCUACUCGACAAAUGAGCUACAAUCCUUUAUGGGGUUCGUCAAUUAUGUGCGACGGUUUAUCCCAAACAUGGUGGGGCUAACCAAACCACUAACCAGCCUACUGCAUAAAGAACCUGAUUACAAGUGGGGGGAGAAGCAACAAGUUGCAUCUGAGGCGUUAAAACAUUUUUUAACGCCGCCACCGGUACUACGCAUAGCUGAGCCGGAACGACCGUUCGAGAUCGUAACUAAUAUAAGUGAUAUCACCAUCGGAGCAGUACUGUUACAAGAUUUUGGCGACGACCUCCAACCAAUCGUGUACGAGUCGCGAAAGUUACAAUCCCCUAAGCGAAAUUAUCCGGUACACGACAAAGAAAUGUUGGCGAUCGUGCACGCGUUCGAAGUCUGGCGAUGCUACCUAACGGGAUCGGAGGUGACAGACAGUACAGACCAUAAAUCACUACUGUACCUGAGGGCGCAGCCGAAUCUCAACUCGCGGCAGAUUCGCUGGUUGGAUUAUCUGGAGUCGCAUUUCACGUACCGGAUCACGAACCAGAAGGGUGCCAACAAUAUUGCUGACGCCCUAUCCAGACCAUCUGCCUAGAUUGCUGCCGUACUAAUCGCCCAGUCG